UUGAUGUUCCUGAACUCCACGAGCACAAACACUGAACCAAUGAUCGGUGUGGAACGACGUUAGAAAUAUUUCAAAUGGAAAAGUUGAAUUAUUCUUUGAGGAUUCAAAAAGACAAAUUUGAAAUAAACUCCAACAAGCAGAGUUUGACUGAAGUUCCUCCUCCUGACGUGAACGAUGGAAACUCUUUUUGCUUCUAUUGGAUAUAUUCAUGAUAAAAGAAGUCACAGGAAACAGAACAAGACUUCGAUCUUCACGUUCAGCUCGUUCUCAGUCAUUUUGUGAAAUGGUGGUUAAAUAGUAAAAACAGUUUUAUUACAGAGGUUCAUUAAUUAUGCUUAUGUAAAGACACAAUCUUAUCUGGCUUUUGUGUUACAGAAAAGAACAAAGUUCACGGUUACAGUAAAGGGUGUGACCAUGGUGGUUCAUGAAUAAUAAAAGUCCUGGUUUAUGAUUUUAUUACAGGUUUGCAGGAACUUACACAAACAUAUGGAAAUGAGUGAUGAGGUCAUUUAAAGCUUUAAAAAGUCUCCCUGCUGCAGACCCGUCCUUCAUUCACACAGACACUUCAGAGACAGGAUGGAGUUCAGGGUGGUGUUUGGAGUCGUGGUCGUGGCCUUCAUGCUUUCAGGAACCAACGCACAGUCCGAUGAGGACUUCCUGUCUGUCACACUAACACAGCUCAACACGACUGAUGUUUGUGGCACUGCGCCGCUCAACACCAAGAUCGUGGGAGGUGAGGACGCUGCUGCAGGCGCGUGGCCCUGGCAGGUCAGUCUGCACAGCAGGCCCUAUGGUCAUUUCUGUGGAGGCUCCCUGAUCAACGACCAGUGGGUCCUGACUGCUGCUCACUGCUUCGAAAGCACGAGCACAGUGGGACUCGAGGUUUACCUCGGACGUGACACCCAAAGACUCCCAAACCUUAACGAGGUUUCCCGGACUGUGUCCCUGAUCAUCAAACAUCCGAACUAUAAUCCAAGUUCAUUCAACAACGACAUGGCCUUGUUGAAGCUGUCCUCACCUGUUCGCUACACCAACUACAUCAGACCCGUGUGUCUGGCAGCUCAAAGCAGCGAGUUCAAGGCCAAGACCCCCUGCUGGCUCGCCGGCUGGGGAACAAUCGGAUCUGAUGUCCCACUUCCGUACCCAGAGAGGCUGCAGCAGGUGAGCGUUCCCAUCGUGUCCAACACUCAGUGCUCCAACGCCUACGAAGGAAUCGUGCCAAUCACGAGCAACAUGAUGUGUGCCGGUCUGGACGAGGGAGGAAAGGACACCUGCCAGGGGGAUUCAGGCGGCCCGAUGGUGAUAAAAAUCGGCUCUAGGUGGGUUCAGGCUGGAGUGGUGAGUUUUGGAGCAGGCUGUGCUCUGCCCAAAUACGCAGGAGUCUACGCCCGAGUGUCCCAGUACGAGUCCUGGAUCAGCAGCUGGGUCAGCGCCUACGACAAGCCGGGCUUCAUCUACUCUGGAGCCGCUCACCUGGUUUCCUUCUCAGCUCCUCUGCUGUCCAUCACACCGCUCCUCUUCUCUCUCUCCAUCCUUUCAUAGGAAGCUGAUGUUGUAGCAGAACUUUGAUUUGAUUGGAUCAUAGAGAAAUGUGUCACAGCUCAUGAUGAAGGUCUCACAUCCUCAGGUUCUGCUUGUCAAAUGGUUUAUCAGUGUUCUGAGCUGUGAUUGGCUCACACUGGCCACAUGCUCCUUCUCCAUGUGUGAUACUGUGAAAUAUCAUUUGAAACAACAAUAAAGUCAUUACAUGAUCAAAUCACCGUCAUCGUCCUGACAUCAAAAUACUGAGUGAUGUUGUUGAAGUGAAGCAGAAAUAAACAUGUUUACAGCCUGGGACAAAAAA